AUGUCAUGUGAUGUCUAUGCCAACCCAAGUGCACAGCGUGCAAUUCACAAUUGGCAUUUUAGUUCUCGUUUUUGGCUACAUUGUUUGGGGGAGGGGUCCGACUGCAUUCAGCGCGUGUUGCUUCUUUCUGUCUCAGAACAUCAUCUUCCUCGCCACAAUCCACUGCAGCGCAUUGUUCUUGGAGCGAGUGCAGAGAGAGGCUACAGCACAGGCGCAGCGUCCCGGAGGCCAGCUGAGAGGACUUGGGAUUUCAGCUGUUCGAUUCCUUGCAUUAAAACGGGAAUUUGGAUACUUUGGUAA